AGUGGAUCCAUAUCCCCCUCAGGACACCAGUGAAUGCGGGGGCAGUCUCGGCCGCGGGAGUGGGCGAGAAUCAAAGACGGGAAGCGGUGGGGAGGGGGUGCGUCCUCUGCUGCCUGGGACGAUGGUGGAAGCGAGUUGGUCACAAGCAGAGGGGCAGCCGGACGUGGAGGACGAGGAGGAGACCAUCGAGACGUGCAUGCCGCGGUCGUGCCGCGGGUAGCUGCAAGAGGAGGUCCCGCUGGACCCGAAGCUCUGGCCGCGACAUUCUUGAACAUAGAAUGCAAGUCAGCCGAAGUGCCUAGGUUUCUGGCCCAUGUCCUUUUGAGGACGUUUCGAUUCAGGAUCUGGACUAGAUUCAGCUUGAUCCCACGAGGAACAUCUUCUGUUAUCACUGAUAACAGCGAGGCAUGCCUCGAGUAUCACUCCUUUGAGACGUUGUCUAGGAAAGCCUUAGAUUUGGAGGCCACUCUAGCAAACGCUCAACCCUCUCAGAGUGAUACGAAGAAGAAGAAGAGUCCUCAGGAAUGGAAGAAGAAGGGGGCCAAGCUGAUGAUGGUUGAGUCCGAUGGGACUCAAACGGAAAUCGACGAGCUCACAUACCUGAUGGACUAUUCAGAGUACGACGGCGAGGAGACCGCUGAGGGUAGCACCCUCGCCGCAGUCGUUAGGGCUAAGGCUGGUGGCCGAGUGAAGGGCCAACCAAAGAGUCAAGGGAAGGCCGCCUCCAAUCAGACCAAAGUGGCUGAUUGGGUUAAGGCAGUCGCGUCAAUGCUGACUUUCUACUUUGACGACGACGCUGGCUCUAUGCUGAGACGCUGGAUGGACACUGGCUUCUGGCUGGCACUUGUGAGAUACGGCGGCGCGCUGCUUGCCAUACAUGCUGGCUGGCUUGCUCUUGUCUACUUGGUAAGAAAGAAAGAGGAAAGGCAAAGGGCACAGCAGGAGGAAGCUGAGCAACUUGGUCAUCGGCUCCUUGAACGCUUGCAAGAGAGCUCAAUUCGGCGACAGAUGUAUCUCGAACAGCGGCAUGAAGCUGCCAGCAUCGAAAGACUCAAGUUCUGGCACUUUGAACCGUCCAACGGCGACGACGCAACACCAGAAGAGCAGCAUAAGGAGUUCCUCUCCAAACUCGUGACACGGUUGUUGUACACUUGCAACUACCAACAGUCGGAGUUAGAGAGACAAAACCAGGAACUGCAGCAACAGUACCAGGAUCUGAAGACACAUCACCAGGAGUUGGCGAACCUCCGCCGGAUAGUGCAGAGCCACGAGGAUGCUACACAGGCACUCAAUUCCUGUGUACUGGACCUGGAGCAAGCCGUACCAGGACCAGAUGCUGGUGAGUCCAGCAGUGCACCCUCUAACCGCCAACUGGAGCAACGCGUCGACCACGUCGUUGCAAUGCUCCGCGACAUCAACACCUUCGCUGCGCCGACCACCAUCAACAAUCAGCUGGAUACUUUGAAGACCGAGGUCCAGCAACUGCAGUCGACGAACACGGAUGGCAACAAUCCAAAGCAAUACAAGAUGCCAACUUUUCAACUCGAGAAGUUCGACGACUACAUGCAUCAGGACCCGGUGCUUUGGUGGGAAGCUUUCACAACGCAACUUCGGAUUCUGCCUGUCGCCAAGCACGCGUACAUCGGCGCCCUGUUCAUGAACUCAAAGGGCGGAUGCCAGAUCUGGUUAACCCACCUGGAAGCCACCCACGGCGUCGACGUCGCAGAUCUGAAAGACAAGAUCACAUGGGAAGAGUUAACACGGCUGUGGAAGAAGCGGUUCAUCGUCGACGACGCACCAACACUCGCCAUCAACCGUCUCUUCACCACGACUCAAGGCAACACAGCAACACGUGACUGGCUCACGGAAUGGCAGAAGAUCAAGGCAACACCCGAUCUUGACUUACCAUUUCCGCAUCUGCGCUGUGAGUUCUACAACAGGUCAUGCGCUGCAUUGAGCCAGGCACUUGGUGAUCGCGAGCAGUAUGCAACUUUCGCCGAGAUUAUUGACAAGGCGAGAGAGAUCAUCAAGACCAAUAGGGCGGCUGCACACGAGAGAUCAACAUGGCAGCCGACCUAUGUGGAGAAGGUAAAGACUGGUCCACGGCCGCAGCAUGUCGCUGCAGUUGAAUCGGACAGUGGAGAAGAUCCGGCAGCCGCCCAAGCAUCACGUGAGGGAGAUCAGGUGGCUGUCGUCCAGCCGCGAAGCAACAAGAAGUCCCGAGCUAACGGGAAGGCGAAAUCAGCAUCGCCUACCGGAAAUGGACAGCCAGCACCACCAUGGGUCAAGUUCGGCUUGACCGAGGCCGAGUACAAGUACCGCGGCCGUUACGGCUGCAGUUACUGGUGCAACGGCACCAAGCACAAGACCUCCCUUUGUGAGGAUCAGGCCAAGGAGGAUGCGCGGCCUCGCAGAUCUGCAGAAUUCGCACCAGGGAAGGGCUAUACCCUUUUGCUCCAGUGUCGUUCUAUCAAUAAUCCAGUCAUUGGUUGGCAAGCAUCGGAGUCCGGCACGAAGAUGAAGCCAAGUUCGGCUCGGCAUCCACAGACAGACGGGCAGACGGAUCGGGCACAUCAGACCGCUCAAAUGAUGCUUCGUACGCUCAUCCGUCCGGACCAGAAAGAUUGGGUUGACCGCCUCCUCGACAUCAAGUUUGCCUACAACACUUCGGUGCACCUGACGAUCGGCAUGACUCCAUUCGAGUUGCACCACGGUGGACGGAAAGGCCGUAUCUUCGCCGACCUUCUCCUCCCACGACCAGCCGACAUCGAUGCCGCUUGCUCUCCCGCUUCCGUCCGGAAGUACAGGGAAUUGCUGGCUCAAGCCCACGCGAAUAUGCAAAAGGCUCAAGUUCGCAUGCAGCAGCAAGCCAACAGGCAUCGCGUGCCAUGUCCCAUUCGCGCCGACGACCUGGUUUGGGUUUCCGCGGAAGAGUUUGCACUGGAACAGGAUGUCUCACGCAAACUGCUUCCCAAGUGGUUUGGACCAUGGCCCGUAACAUCAGCCGCGGGCGAUGAGCCCGAUGGCCCUUCAUUUGUGAUCAACAUCCCCCCGCACCUGAUGGUCCAUCCAGUCUUUCACGCCUCAAAGCUGGCGACAUACACGCCAGGUAAGAGCGACGACUUUCCGGGCCGACGAUCGCAGGACCCUCCUAUGGAUGGUCAUCAGGAAGUUGACCGCGUCAUCACCGAUCGCAAGUACGGCAGCAAGCCGCGGCAGUACAAAGUUACAUUCAAAGCCUGCGAUCGAGACGACACUCGGUGGAUUUCAGGAGCAGAUUUGAAAGCAUCCGCACCGCUGAUCUACGCGCAUUAUGAGAAGCAAAGGGCUUCGACUGCUUCUUUGAGGAGUCGAUUCAUUGUUGCUACCCAUUCAUUGAGGGAAGGGCAGGGUGUGGAGGGGUUGAGCUGCGAGGGAAGCAGGGCGAGGAUGGUAGCCAAGGUCGAGGUAGAACGGGGACAUGCCAGUGGAAGGGCAGAUGACGUUGUUAUAGGCAAUCUCGGUGGCUGUGAGCAACUGAUCCCAGUCGUGUUGGUGUGGAUGGCAAUACUUCCGCAGGAUUCUUUGGAGAGUAUCGUUGAUCUUCUCGGUUUGUCCAUCGGUCUAGGGGUGGAAUGCAGUGCUAGACUUGAGCGUGGUUCCAUAUGCUUUGAAGAUGUGUUUCCAGAAUUGGGAGAGGAAGCGGGGAUCACGAUCACUGAUGAUGUUUCCGGGGAGGCCGUGAUGGCGUGCGACAUGAUUGAAGAAGAGGGUGGCGACGUCUUUGGCACUGCGCGAAGUCGUGCAAGGAAUGAAGUGGGCACGUUUGGUCAGGCGGCAGACAAUGACGUAGAUGCAAUCAUGCCCGCGUACGGCUCCAAUGGCGAAGUCGAAGGCGUCAGUGAUGACAUAGAAAUGGCGAGUGGGGUCGGCGAUCUUGAGGACAGGGGCCGUGGUGAUGGUUUGCUUGACGGAGACAAUGUGGCCGAGGUAUUCGACGCUCGAAGCGGCAAACGUAAAUUUGCUGAGCUUGGCGUAGAAUUUCUGUUGUCGGAGGAUCGAGAGGACUUGGCGAAUAUGCUGGAGGUGGGACUUGAAGGUGGGGCUAAAGAUGAGGAUAUCGUCAAGAUACACGACGACACAGACUUCGAGGAGGUCACAGAAGAUGUGAUUCAUGGUGGACUGGAAUGUGGCGGGGGCAUUGGUGAGUCCGAAAGGCAUUACGAGGAACUCAUAGUGCCCGAACUGAGAGCGGAAUGCCGUCUUGUGGGUGUCCUCGCGGAUACGGAUCUGGUGGAAGCCACUACGAAGGUCAAUCUUGGUGAAAUAUUUGGCUCCACGAAGUCGAUCAAGGGGCUCGGAGAUCCGAGGUAAGGGGUACUUGUUCUUGAUCGUGAUCCGGUUCAAGGCACAGUAGUUUGUGCACAUGCGGAGUUCCGAAGUUCCACCUUUCUUUACAAAAAGGCAGCUAGUACCGAAGGGAGAUGAACUUGGCUUAAUGAACCCUUUUUUAAGGA